AUGGGAUCAGGCAAACCAAGUGGACUGAGGGCAGCGCGAAAACUGCGCAUAAGAAGAAGAACCCAGAGAUGGGCUGAUAAGGGAUACAAGAAAUCCCACUUGGGAACCCGAUGGAAGUCCAACCCCUUUAGAGGAAGUUCCCAUGCCAAGGGAAUCGUCGUCGAGAAGGUUGCCAUUGAGGCUAAGCAGCCCAACUCCGCUUAUCGAAAGUGUGUCCGUGUGCAGUUGAUUAAAAAUGGAAAGAAAAUCACGGCUUUCGUUCCUGGAGACGGUUGCUUAAAUUUUAUCGACGAAAACGACGAAGUGUUAGUCUCAGGAUUUGGACGAAGUGGUCACUCUGUUGGUGACUUGCCCGGAGUCAAAUUCAAGGUGGUCAAAGUAGCUCGUGUUUCCCUACUAGCCCUGUUUAAAGAGAAGAAGGAGAAGCCAAGAUCAUAG